AUGGAACUCUGUAUUAAAGACUCUGAAGGGUUAGCAAUCAUUUCCUGUCACCAAUGCCGAAAGCGAAAAGUGAAAUGCAGUCGGGACUUCCCCGCGUGUGAGUAUUGUGCAAAAAAGGAGUACAAUUGUUCCUACCCACAAACAACCAGGAAGAAGAGCACCAAAAUUGCUAAGAAACGCAAGCAAAAGAAUAUACGCUUUUAUGGUCUCAGUUCCGUCAACCAAUCCCUUUUCGAAAACGGAAUGCCCUUCUGUAACCCAGAUUGUGAGUUGAUGAGUAAGAAUUCGCCGGCUAAUAUGAAAAGCUUCAAAGCUUCUACAGUUUUCAAAAAAUACAUCAAAGAUCCACAAUAUACGCUUGAAGCAAUUAAGUGCACGAAGGAGAAUCUGAUAUGUCCUCUAUUUGUUGAGGCACUAGAUUUAAACGACCUCCAGCAAAUUCUCCUGUCUAAAAAAAGCUUUGACUACACCACCUUGCUACUCUUCUACUCGGUCAUAAUUGUUUCUGAGAGAUUCAUCACACCAACGCCUGACAUUGAGAACCUCGUGGAAGAGCUAAACCUUGUUCUCAAUGAAUGUCCCGAUUGCCCAGAGAAAGUGACAGCACUUGUCUUGCUAGCGGACUACUAUCACCUCAACUCGAAAAUUGAAACAGCGUGGAAGUCCAAUUUUUUGGCAACAUCUAUAGCUUAUGCAUUGGGAUUGCAUCUGACUGUCUCGAAAGAGUGGGCGAUGUUAGUUUUACAUGACGCUCUCCUGUCUUUACUCUUGGGUCGGCCGUCUUCCAUAACAUAUCACAACUUAAAAUUGAUUGGCCGCCCUUGUGAUUGGAGAACAAUCGCACUUCUUCUUAGGGAUUCUAAUGAAAUGCUUCUAACGCCAACAAGUUUGACGAUCGACAAAGUCGUUAUAUUAGAUUUACAACAUGCAGACCUAAUAAAAAAGAUAAAGCAAGAAGAGUGUAUCCAGGACGAGGUAACAAAUCCAAGAAAAGAGCUUUUAGUGCAUAUGAAGCUUUGCAUUUUGAUUUCAAACCGGGUUAAAGUGCUUCAUCCGGUAUAUCCAAAGUAUGGUUCAUUAAUGGUACAAAUGGACAAAAACUGCAGUGAGUUAAUAAACUGCGUCCGUAACGUACUUAAAAUUGUGGCCUCUGCAAGCAUAGGUGAGGGAAAUAAGCCUUAUUGUAUGAGAUCCCAUUUUUUUUUGGCAUAUUGUAGCGUAUUCCAAGCGCUUCUCUUGCACUUAAUAUUCUGUUCGACGCAAACGCGGGCGUCCUUUACGGAAAGUUCGAGCGAGAACGACUCGUUCACUCCUCCACCGACCACGGAAAGAACUACCAUCUUUCCACCUUCCCUGCAGAGUAUGUCGAUGCUUCUGCAGGAGUACGACCAAGUUUCAGAGAAAAUCGAUCUGUGCCGUUAUAUGUUAGAUGUCUUCGAUUCUUUUCGAACAUUGAUAGCUAAGAGAAGCAAGGACAAAGGAGGCACUACAGAUACGGUAAGUAAUACCAGCUCACCAUACCCUCUAUGGGAAGAUUCAAAAUGUACAGAUUCAAACCUUCUAGGCAAUUUAGAGAACAGCAAAAUAGGUGAAAAUAAUGAAGCUGGUUUUCCUAAAGAUUUCGCUGAUUGGAUUUCGACCUUAUUGUCAGGCACAUCGCCAUACGUAUAUCCGUCGGAGUAG